GCGCCGGUCGCAGCGAGCGUGGCUUCUGCCCCAGCCGUUGGUGGCCCCGCGUACGUGGAGGUGCGGGGGGGGGGGGGUGGUCUCCGGCCUCUCUCCUUCGCGUGCCGGGUCUCUCGGCGCCUUCCCCAGCCGGAUCCCCGGCCUCGCGGCCGCCUGUAACCGCGCCUCGGGCCGGACGAUGCCCAAGAAGCUGCUGCUGCUGCCCCCGCUCUCGGCGUCCUCGACUCUCCGCGCCCCGCGAGCCAGCCCCGCCGCCCGCCCGGCCAUGAACGCCGCCCGCACCGGCUACCGGGUCUUCUCGGCCAACUCCACGGCCGCCUGCACCGAGCUGGCCAAGCGCAUCACCGAGCGUCUUGGUGCUGAAUUGGGGAAAUCAGUGGUCUAUCAGGAGACCAAUGGAGAAACAAGAGUUGAAAUAAAAGAAUCUGUUCGGGGCCAAGAUAUUUUCAUCAUACAAACAAUACCCAGAGACGUGAAUACAGCGGUGAUGGAGUUACUGAUCAUGGCUUAUGCGCUGAAGACGGCCUGUGCCAGGAACAUCAUCGGAGUCAUCCCUUACUUUCCCUACAGCAAGCAGAGCAAGAUGAGGAAGAGGGGCUCCAUCGUGUGCAAGCUCCUGGCGUCCAUGCUGGCGAAAGCAGGUUUAACUCACAUUAUCACUAUGGAUCUUCAUCAAAAGGAAAUACAAGGCUUUUUCAGCUUUCCCGUGGACAACCUUAGAGCCUCACCUUUCCUGCUUCAGUAUAUCCAGGAAGAAAUUCCAAAUUACAGGAAUGCAGUCAUUGUAGCGAAGUCUCCUGAUGCCGCCAAAAGGGCGCAGUCCUAUGCUGAGAGACUCCGUCUGGGGUUGGCUGUGAUCCACGGAGAAGCCCAGUGUACAGAGCUGGACAUGGAUGAUGGCCGCCAUUCUCCCCCGAUGGUCAAAAAUGCCACUGUCCACCCGGGUCUGGAGUUGCCGUUGAUGAUGGCCAAAGAGAAGCCACCGAUAACCGUAGUAGGAGAUGUUGGCGGGCGCAUCGCAAUCAUAGUGGAUGACAUUAUCGAUGAUGUGGAAAGUUUCGUCGCUGCUGCGGAGAUCCUGAAAGAGAGAGGUGCUUACAAGAUCUAUGUCAUGGCCACUCACGGCAUCCUGUCCGCAGAGGCCCCCCGUCUGAUCGAGGAGUCCUCCAUCGACGAGGUGGUGGUGACGAAUACUGUCCCUCACGAGGUGCAGAAGCUGCAGUGUCCCAAGAUAAAGACUGUGGAUAUCAGUCUGAUUCUUUCUGAGGCGAUUCGCAGAAUCCACAAUGGGGAGUCCAUGGCCUACCUUUUCCGAAACAUCACCGUGGAUGACUAGCUGCCACGGACUGCGGAGCUCCUGAGGACAGCCUGUGGAAAGCAGUGCCGCCAACUUCCAUACAGGGUGUCCUUUCAGGGGAGGACGGACUGGAAGUAGCCUGAAGUCACGUAGUCUGUCUUGCCGAGUGUGGUAGGUGGGAGGCGUGAAGAUAGUCAAGGGGAAGGCAGAGCUAAUGGAUAAAUGGCCUUAAAUGUCUACCGCCGUCAUCCUGUUCCUCAAACAAAAGUUACACCUUCCCGAACAGCAUCUCCGAAUCUUACUGAAAUGGAAAAGGAGUUCAAGACAGAUAAGGUCUCAACUCUGUGACCUGCGGCCGUUUGCACCGCAGGGAAACGCGUGUAUCCGUGUGGAACUCGGCGAGGGGAGCCGAGUGCCCUGGCACUGUUUCCGUUCUAGCUGUCCCCUCCCCAUUCAUCGUCACGGAAGUCUUUUGUAGAAAACCCCCUUUUUCUGCGAGACGCUGCUGUGCCUACGGCCGCUGAACCACAAAGCAUGUGUGGCCCGGCCCCCAGGCAGGAGGUCCGAUUUGAGAGGAGCUGCCGGGCUCUGGGUGCCUGCGUUGCUCUUCAGCGGCAAAUAGAAUUUGUGGGCUUGCUGGUGUGUUCCCUGCCUUGCAGAGCCGCCCCCUCCCCUGCCCUCAUGGUGACUGACUUCUGUCCAGGCCGUGCGGAAGACAGUUGAGUACAAAAUAAAAGGUGUUUCAGGUC